AUGCCGCCGCUCCAAAACGGGGGCAGGGAGACCCCGCCCGAGCUGGGACGGCCGAGGGGCCCGGGCGGCUCCGAGCGGUUUUUGCCCCGAUCCGACCGCCCAGACACGCUCGCACCUCGCCGUGCGCGUUCCCCGCUAGCACCGGGCCGGCCGCCCCCGCGCUGCCUUCGGCCCCGGCCGCACCGAGCUCCCGUCGGGGAUCACGGGGGCGGCCGCUGCCGCCGCCCAGCGGACACGGGAGGCCCUGCACCUCCCCCGGCUUCACCGCGUCUGGGCACAAAACGGGCUCGUAAAGUCCCGGGGCAAACCGCACGCCUGGCAGCCCACGGCCCCGCCGCGGUUUCUUGCCCGACCAGUGGAGGUCCCGGUGGCGGGGCCGUCGAGGCGGAGCGCGGAGGCUGCUCGGGAUGUGCUGCAGGCAGGAGGGGGCUCCUGCCGUCGAAAAACUUCUUAGGAAGUGCGGGGGUCGGGCCGGGACCUGCUUCGCCGCGGCGCCCAGCGGGGGCCCUACGCUUCGGGUGUGACACCGGCGACACCCAGGGAAGGCCCCCGGUUUUUGGCAGCGAGAACACAGGAGCUCCUCGGCUCAGCACGGCCCCAAGCCGUCGAAAGCGGAGCCGAAGGUUGCAGCCCCCUCCGCAUAGAGGGACCUCGCCCUUGUCCUUUGGGGUGCGGGUCCGCACCCCGCGCCGCUGCCCCCCGGGACGCCGUACGGCUGCGGUGUGUCACGUCGGGGCCAGCCGUCCGCAACGAGUAGCCGCCUCGCCGCGGCUCCCCGUGCCCCCUCUGCUUCCCAUGCGGUCCCCGCGCCCUUCCGCACCUUUGAGCGGGGCGGGUUCGCAGGGGGACGCACUGCGGCAGGAAGCGGGGGGGGAUGGCGCAGCUCGGGGGGAAGCGGUGAGCCCCCCGCUGGCAGGGCGGGGACCCCUGGUGCGGGACAAACAGGACGGGGCGGGGGUCGAACGGGCCCUCGUGUCCUCACCGCUCCCUCCUCUCCCCAAGGGCGACCACCGGCAGAGCCGGCCGAGGCUUCCCGCAGCGGGGAAGCCGUUGUCUCCGCGGCCGGGUCGCCGGGCCCGCUCCCGUGGCGUUACCGAGAGCCGCGGCCGACCACCAGCAUCCAGAAAACUUCCCUUAAACCAGUCCUGCCCCAGUCCCGCCCGGAGCCCCCUUCGCCCUGCCGCGUCCCUCUGUGCCCGCCUCGAGCCGUGCCCGGCCCCGGGCUCCUCUGGGGCGCACCGCGGGGGGAGGUUUGGGGCCGCCGCUGCUGCUUUCGGUGCCUGCCGGGCCCCGGGGGUGCUUUGCCGGGACGGGCCUGCAGGCUGGGAAGGGAGGCGGCGGGGUGGGCUGGCCCCCGGUUCGUAG